AUGGCCCGCCUCUCCCUCGCCCAGACUCUCCCUCCCGAACUCCUCACGCGCAUCUUCGGCUGGCUCGUCGAGAUACAAGUCUCAGAAAUCCCGGAUGGCAUCGUUGACCCGCCAUUCUGUUUGAUCGCAUGGCCGGUGACUUCCCGCGCACCAGCUCUGCGCUCGUCAGCUCUCGUCUGUCGCCAUUGGCGGUUCCCCGCGCAGGAGAUGCUGUUUCGGGCCAUCGACAUCACGGACGCGGCAUCCGAAGCCAUUGCAUUCGCCUUUCGUCAGCGCCCUGACCUUGCCGAAGCUGUCCAGGCGAUCAACGCUGGGCGGCCGACAGCAGAGUCGCGUUGCAGAGACAGGCUAUCUUUGGACAUCGUCUCCGACCUCUGUCCCAACGUUCGCCACGUCUACAUCGCAAGUUUCCCUCGCACAUGGAAGGAACGCUUGGCACGCUUCCUCGCUUCGCGGGAGCUGCACACAGUCAUCUCGGAUGGGCGCCGGGCUAGCGUGUCCGAGCGGACCGAUUUGGGGUACCUGUCCAUGCAGGAUCUGUCCCGCCUCGCCAUACAGCCAUCGAUACGCAACCUGAUGUCGCUCUGCACGCCGCACCCGGCUCACGUCGAUCCGCCUCUGCCCAUACCUCCCACUCCUCCCGCUACACACCUUACGACACUGGCAAUCAGCAUCUCGUGGAAACACUCUGUCGCCGUUCAGGAACUGCUCACAUCUGUCGCAUCGAGUCUGAAGUUCUUCGACUUCUACACGGAGACUCCGGUCACCUUCGGUAACUUCGGGUCGGCCCUCGAGACGCUGCAGACGCUCGAGGAGCUGCGAAUCUACGUUGGCGUCAGCUUCGGUGUUGAGAACGACCAGGGAUGGUUUAAGCAGGUCUUGCCGAGGUUGCGGUCCCUCAAGAAAGUCUUCAUCACCUACGACCUCGCUCCACCCUCCAUCGUACUCGCUGCGCCAGCAUCUCUCGAGAUAUUCGAAUACGAAUGGUGUGGUCUCAGUUCAGAAGAGAUGGUCGACUACAUCGAGUCCUUCCGUAAGGCCUUCCGUCAAGGCAAGGAUCGCAUCCCCUACCGCACCUUCCGCCUCUCUCUGAAUCCCGACGAGGAGGAGGCUCGGCUAGCGCCCAGCACUGUCACUGCGCUGUCGGAUGCCUGUCACGCCCGCGACGUAGAACUGGACUUGACGUACUGGGAGGAGACGACUGGCCGCCGCUUCCCUCGCGAGUCCUACAUCUCGUUCUUCUGGCAAGUCUUCCGCGCCUUGUCCUUCUCACUCAAGCUGACGCGUCACCUUGCGCAGACUUCGCUCCAGCCUCAAUAG